AAUAAUAGUCGCUGUAGGCCUAUUCAACUACUGCUAUCCAAGAAAGGGCGGCGGCAACCUAACGGACAAAACAAGCGUCACCAACGUCGCAUUGGCACAUUAAUAACGUGCAGUAAUGAUGAAGCUCAGCUCUCCUCUGGCCGUGCUGUGCCUUUCUCUCCUGCUGCUCAAUGCCCACCUCUCCCUGGCCAAGAGAGGGGGAGGAGGCUUUGGUGGUAAAUCCAGCAUAGGCUUUGGGAAGAAACCUUCCUCCACCUCCAACCGUGGAGGCACCAACACCCAACGCAGACCCAACCAAGGGACCAAUAACCAGCCAGGGAACUACCCUCGCCAGCCCCAGAGCCCACAGAAUCCCCAAGCAGGGUACCCACAGCAACCAGGAGGUUAUCCACAGCAACCAGGGGGGUACCCUCAACAGCCAGGCAGGGCAGGAUACCCUAACCAAGGGGGGUACCCUAACCAAGGUGGCUACCCUGCUGGAGGAUAUCCAGCUGGAGGGUACCCAGGGGGCUACCCGGCAGGAGGCUAUCCAAACAGAUACCCAGCUGGUGGAGGCUAUGGUGGAGGCUAUGGUGGAGGCUAUGGUGGCGGUUACGGAGGGGGCUACAUGAACCAAAACCCCAACAACCGGAUCCUUAGCCCUGGCUACGGGGGCAGUUAUGGCUAUGGGGGGUAUGGUGGUGCAGGUGGCUCCCCGUUCUCCCGCUCGGUGCAGGGGAUGGGGAUGGGACCCUCUCAGCAGUCCAGGGGGUUUGGGCGUAAUGCAGCGAUGGCGGCCGGGGCUGGGGUUGUGGCUGGGAUGGCUCUGGGUUAUGGACUGGGCCGGUUUCCCCGGCCUCACUUCGGCUUUCACAACCCCCAGGAGGAGUACUAUUAUAACCACUACAUGUACAGGAGGUACGGCACCAAAUCCACUGAUGACAAUGACUACAGCAGGGACUACCGCUUCAGCCCGCCUCCACAGUCCUAUGAUAACUACAUGAAGAACUGUAUGAAGAGGACUGARCUGCUGAGAGGUGGGGAGAAGGGUGGAUCGGAAAAAGGAGCCAGGGAGAACUCACCACCACAGGGAGCUGCGGACAGCACCAGCACUCAGGUAAUCGAGCCCAGUGGAGGAGGCACUGCAGUCGGAGAGAAGAGUGAAGAACCAGCCCCUGUUCCUGGAGGUUCCACCAAUACUACCGACCCCGGUUCCAACCAAGCACCAGGCAGUGGCCCCAGUAACAGCUCCGCCACAGAGGGCAGUCCCAGUGAGAGUAAUGCCACAGCUGAGAGUAAAGGUACAGCAGCGACUGAGAAGCCUGUGACCCCUGAACCCUUGAACCCUAACCCUCAAACCCCCCCUCCUGCAACCACGCCCCUCCACCCGGCCAUAGCUGAGCCUGAGGAUGAUGAUGAGGAAAAUAUAGUGAGCAUCUCUGAGAUUGGCUACCCAGCGCUGAUAGAGCAGAUGAAGGCUCGGAGGUGUGUGGAGCUUUACAUGGUGUACGCUGAACACUACCUGGAGAAAAAGGAGGAGGACAAGAAGAACAUGCCCCGGGGAAGACCCAGGGGAGGAGUGGAGAGACUGGGAGGAGGAGGAUACCAGGCACUGCUAACUGUACUCACCUCUACUGCACUACUGCUGCUGAACAGCAACAUGCUACUACUGCACUGAGGCAGAGAGAGAGAGAAAUAGAGGGAAGAAGGAGAAAGGACACAAUGUUUGCUGUCACACUAUGUGAGUCGGAGUCAAGAAUGGGGCUGAUGGAGGGAUGCAAGGAUGGAGGGAUGCUGGGACAGUCUGUCUUCUUCUCUCAUCCUCCUUUGAUCGACGCCUCAGGACUCUCUAUAAUAAGUGGACUUUUUUGAUUGAUAAAUUCUAUGGAUUUUUGUUCUGUUUUUGUAUUGUUGUUUCUCAUGCACUGUUACUUGCAUUAUAUGAAUCUGUAAUAAUGCGCCUGUGUGUUACUAAAAUGCUGGCACUUUUUAAAAUCCAACCCUGCUGUCCCCAAAGCAUUGAAUUUGCUCCUGCUGUAGCCAAGUACUACAGCCUCAUGCAUGCAGCAUGACUAUUAUAUACAGCAUAUUUCAUAAAUAAGAUAAAUAUCGAUUAAGGUUAAGCAGGGACUGGCCCGAUCAUGCCCAGUUCCCAGCACCAACAGGGAUUCCAGGAGAACUUAGAUGCUGUAUUAUAUGGCAGACAGACUGAAGGGAAACGGCCAUUUACUCCAUUACAUCACAUGAACUGGAAAUACUAGAUAACAUCCAUAUUAACAUCAGCUGGGGAAGGGGAAUUGUUGAAUAUGACAGUCAAGUAUGCAUGACAAUGAAUGUGAGCUUUAUAUUAUUGACUAUGGCUUGUAUUUAUUUUAGCUUAAUACAAUACACAUACCUGUACAAUUUUAACUGCCGUUUGCUUGUAAGACUACUAAUAACACCAUUCUAACGUAACCUCUUUCGUACAUGGGGGCUGUGAUUCUGCAUAAGCAUGUAUACAUUUUACUACGGUGGCAAAAGAGAAUCCAUUUGACAAACAUUGCUAGCUUGACUUCACCUUAUUUAUGGAAGGGCUAACAGUUUGGUCAUAUGCUCUGAUGAGGUCCGAAGACUGAAAUGUUAACCUUCUGUAUUGGGGGGG